AUGGGCUUAGAACGGAUCGCUGAGGAGUUGAUGGAACGCAUGAAAUGGAAGCAAUACCAAGAGCCAUUAACUACGCGCAACCAUACAAAUCACACUGUACAAACGCCUGCCGAAACAGCAGCAACAGCAGAAUUACCACCAGCAACAGCAGCAGCAGCUACAGCUGCCGCCAAUACAACAGCGACCUCAGGCAGACCAGCAGCAGCAGCAGGAGCAGCAGCCUCACAAAUCUCGAUAGAACAGCAGACAUACACAGAGGACGGAUCAACGCUAAACGCGCAGCACAACCACCACAACGAUCAGCGUACAGAGGGAGAGAAAAUUCCACAUCCGCAGCAACAAAAAUUGAUCAGCGAUCUUGCGGACGCCAACAGCGUGAAGGCGGCAGCGGCGUCACCGUACGGCAAGAGAAACGGCACUGCAGCGGACAACAACAGCAACGAGCGUGCAAUCGAAGGCGCAGCGAACGUUGAACAGCAACAAAACAAAGAGAACACAAACGACUGCCAGACCGAUUGUGCGGCUGAGGAGAACAAGCAGCUGCAACUUAUUGCAGACAACACUACAACAUCACAUAAUCACAACCAACUUCACCACAAUAAUAGUAAUAGUACUUUAGCAUUAAAUAACAACAAAAUUUGCGCCAACAACAACACAUCAACAGCAUUUACAACAAGAGCAACAAAUCCAUCACACUCAAUUACGCCAACAGUAAACAUCACAACAAGUGUUAACGCCAGCGAGACGAAAAGCUUGUCUGUUGUACCGACGACUACCGCAUCACCACCGUCAACGCAACCACCUGCGCUAGCUAAAAAGGGGCGUGUCGUGGUGUCCAGUGCGCCCAUCGUCGAGCCGGUCGAUUGGAAACCGAAUGAGAAGUGUUAUUUUUGCGUGGACGGCAGAUUACUCACCGUGAACGCGAAGGGCGAAUUAGUUGCCGAGUCGGCGGGCCCAUUUGUGUCCGCCGCCGGUGGCGAUCCAGUGGAGCGCGGUCAGAAGCUCGAGACCGAUAGCGAUUCAAAUGAAUCAUCGCAUGUGAAUUUGGCGAACAGUACAACAACAGCGGCUGUGGUUAACCCAUUAAUGCAUAACAUCAACAACACCAAUACUAACAAUAAUAAUAACAGCAACAACAACAAUAAUAAUCGCAUUGACUGGAAUAAGCUGUUGACGACACGUUUGGUAGAUUUGCCCGCGAACAUGACUUCAAUGGACUCAAUGGCCGCGCAAUUAGCAGUCAUAUCUGGUUAUCCAAAUUUCAAUUGGCUACAAUUGAUGCAACAGCAGCAGCAGCAACAGCAACAACAACAGCAGCAACAUCAAGCGCCAAUCCAACAACCAACGCAACAACAACAGCCGCAGCAGCAGCCGCAGCAACAGCAACAACAACAGCAACAACAACAACAGACAAAUUCGGCGACACCAACUACCUCAGAGACAUCGGCCGCCGCUGUAAGUCCGCCACUCAAGGAUUCACCCAGUCCCAGUGAUGCCACCGGUGAACAACCAUUAGAUCUUAGUUCCAAACCAUCGCCAAAUUCAUCCAUUAGCGGCGAUUUGAAAGCAGUGAGAUCGAAAACACCACGGACCACGCCCACACUCUCUGCACGCCACCCCUACACCGAUGACGCGCUAAGCAGCGCCGUUCAAGAUCUACUCAGUGGUAAAUACAGCGCAAGUAUCCGCAAACCGGCGGGCCAAUUCAGCAGCAGCAGCACGUCGUCGACGACCAGUCGCACAAGACCAACACGCCUUGCGAUGGGUGGCAAACGCGCCAACGCCCACCUAACCAACGCUCUAUUGCAAGGCCUGGAAAUGGACAAGGAUUUGUCAGGCGAUGAAUAUAGCGCUGCUGAUGGCAGUUCGCUCAUGGCCGGUGGACAUGGAAGCAACGCCUCAACACCGCAACCAUCAGAACCCGCCACACAUUCCGCUCUACAAGAGCUCGCCAGCCGUCUAAGCGCGACGCAAUCAUUGCGCAAACUAUGCAUAAAUACUGGCAAUAGUGACGCGUCAGCGAGACAUGAUGCGGACAGUGACGCGACAAACUGCGCUCCUUCGUUGUCGCCCAAGUCAAACGCCCUGUACGUUGAUGCCGCCGCCAAGCGUGACUCUGGCACACCUUCGAGCAGCGCCACGCCGCAGCCGCAACAAUCACCGCAGGCAGGUCUGGAUACAACGUUUGCCAUUUUGCAGGCGUUUUUAUUCACGCUUACCAGCUUCGGCGCUUUACAGCAGCGCGCAGAUCAACCUGUUACCCUGCGUGAUCUCGUCGCCAAUCUGAAGGAUAUGCUGGAAGCACACACAGCCGGCGAUUUGAAUGUGGAGGGACUCAUUAAUAACGGUAAACCCAACAUAAUGGAUCUGCCACUGUCGACGCAUAAGUUGCAGCAGCACUCCGCGGUAUACGCUGCGCAACGCUUGCCCAAAUCAGAUACUCCAGAAACGACGGGUUCGAUUGACACGCACGAACCAAUUGGUGAGGACCUGGCUUCGUCGAUUCUCAAGAUUCCGUCCUAUAAACCUGCGGCAAAUACACCCACGCCGUCAUCAGGUGUCGCACGCUCCACCUGCUCGCCACCUUUGCUGUGCAACAACUCCAACGCCAACUCAAUGCCAAAUCCCAAUGGCGACAGUCCGCACUCCGCGCCCUCACCGCGCAUCGCCAGCUCAAUGCUGGCCGCCGCGGUGGCAGCCGUAAGCAACAAUGGCAGCUCGACCUCUGUCGGGCGCCAGGGUAAUGAUCUCUCAGUGAUUUCACCCCCGCUGCUGCAACACCGCCAAUCACCUCCGUCGUUCAGCUUUCGAGAUGUAAUCGCGCGAGGCAUUCACCGCACCAUGAAUGAACAGGCCAACCAGGAGGCGCAUGCGGCAGCAGCUGCAGUCGCCGCCGCUUCAGCGCCGAUGCUCGGCCUGUGCCUGGACAUGGAACGCUCGAGCAACAACAAUAGCGGCGGCAGUGGCGAUUACAAGAAACCUACAAUUUCGGUGGUGAAGAAUAUAGGCGGUACGGAUACCACUCGCUUUGGCGCCGCCCCCAAUUUGUUAGCGGCUGUCAGUGCAGGCGCGGCAGGCACCGUUCCCAGCGCACACAACUCGCACGCGUACCAUCAAACGCACCUACAUAAUGCACAUCACCAUCAUUCGCACCACCUUAGCCGUCAGGAAGCAGCAGCGCUUGCCGCCGGCAAAGGUACGCGACCCAAGCGCGGCAAGUACCGCAACUAUGACCGCGAUAGCUUAAUCGAGGCAGUGCGCGCAGUGCAACGCGGGGAAAUGUCGGUGCAUCGUGCAGGUAGCUACUUCGGCGUACCGCAUUCGACGCUCGAGUACAAAGUGAAGGAGCGGCAUCUGAUGCGACCGCGCAAGCGGGAGCCCAAGCCCCAGCCCGGUCUGGAUGGCAGCAGCAGCUCGACAUCGGGCAAGUCCAACUCCAACAUUCCUGGUCACCAUAACAAUCUCAGUAAAAUCAAGCUGGGCGGCGCGAGCGGCUCGAAUGCCAAGCUCAACGAAACACUUAAGGGUAACAGCAACUCGGCAGCGGCGGCCUUCCCCACCACUGCGCCAAAUGGCAUGAAACUUCCCAUCUUCGAUCCCAUGCAAUACCCGGGACAUCUGUUUUGGAAUCACACGCCAGCAUUCAACCCAAUGCACAUGGAGUUCAACCGCAACACAGUGGCGGCGCAAAACGCAGCUCAGCGCUACACCGAAGAAGCGUUACGAGUUAGCGCAUCAGCAGGGACGCCCUCGAAUGCUAACAGCCCCAGUCCUAUCGCCAGCCCGCUCUCUGCUGCGGCUGGUCAUGCGCUGAAUAUGAAGAGCGCGCGCGAGAUCGCUGAGAAUUUGUAUGAGGGUGGCGGCGCCAAUGGUUCCUCAAUACUCGAUGGCAUCAUACGCAAGACGCUCGAUCGCAAGAGCACCGACGUUGGACCGCCACCCAGUACCAGCGCUGGCGCCGGCGGCGCACUGCUAGACCAAUUGCUCAUUAAGAAAAGCGGCCUGCCUCCAUACGUCAGCAGCAGCAACAAUACCAGCGAUCAUCUCAUGAGCAUAGGUGCUAAACGCGGCGGCAGCCCGCUCGCCUACACCGAAAUCAAACGCGAACGCGGUAGUCCACAACACAGCAGCGGCGGUGACGAUGAUGACGACGACGCCUCGCGCAGCGGCACCGACGAUGUGAGCUACGAGCACAACAACAACAAUAAAGGUAGUUUCAGCGCCACAAACGAGCUGCAGCUGCAGCAUCAACACCUACACCACCAGCACCAGCACCAGCAGCAGCAACAGCAUCGCAGUCGUAGCCGAAGCCGACUAACGUCACAUGAUUCCGCCGAAACCGACACCAGCAGCAUACCAAGCGAUCUCAUGCCAAAUCACAACAACAGCAGUAGCAGCAAGCUAGUGGCCGAUCUGAAUGGCAGUGGAUGUAAUGCGGGCGUAAGCGCGCUGAUGCCGAACGUGGAGCCACUUAUGAAUUUAGGACGUGCGGGCGGACCUACGUUGGGUGGCACCUCAAUACUGCAGGAGAAGUUAGCGCAAAUCAAGGCAGAACAGGAAAACGAAGAGAACUUAUAGAGGUGAGCAACUUGGCGACUUGGCGCUUUGAUGAGGGAGUAACAAGCGCCAAUGCGGAGAGAUGUAGUGAAGGCGCCGCAUGUAGGCUCACUAUUUAGUUGGAUACGCAAGCAUGGCUGAACAGGCGCAUGGCUGUGGAGCGCCACACCAGCAAAAGCGAAAUACUACCUAAACUCAUUAGCAGAUGGGCAGCAAUGAGAGCGCAACAGGACAAAGUGAACCUGCGGGCAUGGAACGCUGUUAGAGCUGUUGGGCAAACACGAACACAAAUACACACUUGUGGCACUAUGUAAGGUGAUAAGAGUGAUCUGCGAUCAAAGAUCGCCGAUCGGUAAACGGUAAACGGUAAUCCGUAAAUAGUAAACGGUAAACGGUAAACGGUUCAAAACACAUGUUUAGUCAAAAUUUAAGUGAGGAAUUUAAACUCUUAGUUUACUUCAAGCAACUUAUGUACAUUCACUUAGUAUAUACAAUUACAUAUAUAUAACGGUAAUAUACAUACAUACAUAUAUAAGAAAUUAUGUAUUCGAGAAUACAUACUUAGGCACAUAAAUACUUGUAAACACUUACACAACAGCAAAAACACACACACACACACACACACAGAUAAAGAAGAAAACUAGGAAACGACAAUGAAGACAGGCAGUCCAAGUCGAGGAUUUGUGUAUGAAUAGAAUGUUUGUACUGUACAGUGUACAGUGUACAGUGUACAGUGUACAGACAAAAGUGAAGCGAGAAAACAAAUUUUAUUUAAUAGAUACAUAUAUACAUACAAUAACUGUAAUACGUAUAUGUAUGUGUGCAUUUAGCCAGAAGAGCAUGUCUGUCUUUAUUAAAUAUAAGUAAGAAAAGUGGAAAAACUACAACAACAACAAAAAUCAAAGCAAAGUUUCGACUUGUAGAAUAGUGAAGGAGAAAAACCAAAAACAAAAACGUAUAAGGGCUAAUGCAGCGUAAAAGGGAUAU